AGCAGCCUAUAAUCAAAAGGGCUCAGGAAAUAGGACUGUAAAUGGCUCAGUGUUUCUGAGUGACAAAGUCAAUCAACUCUUGCAGAUCGGAAAAGAGGAGGCUCAUCACCAUCUGCGCUUGGUACUGGCCCCAGCUCCCCGUGGGUGUCAGGCUGAGUAUAUAAAAGAAUGUCUGCUGUCACUUCUUCUGUGAUUCAGUUGCAGCUUGUGCUCAUCCUGCUCAGUGGACAUCUGUAGAUCGCAAACCGACUGAGACCGAAAGCUCACAGGUCAAUCUCCAGAUCCCAGACAUGAACUGGACACAGAUGGCUUCAAACUUCAGUAUAUUCCACAACGUAACAUCUGGCCUUGCACUGAUCACUGAAGAAACCUUGCUGAGCAAUUCCACAGGGAAUGGUGUUGGGAAGGCUAACCAGACCUGCAUGGUUGGCGGGAGGCACAAUUACAUCUUCCUUAUAAUCCCUAUCAUAUACAGCAUUAUCUUUGUGGUGGGGGUUUUGGGGAACAGUAUGGUGGUUCUGGUCAUUUAUCGCUACCUGAAGCUGACAACCGUGGCGAACAUCUUUCUGCUGAACCUGGCCCUGGCCGACCUGAUCUUUGUCGUCACCUUGCCGCUCUGGGUGGCCUACGUGGCCCUGGGGUACCAAUGGCCUUUUGGGAUCUUCCUGUGCAAAGUGGGCGCCACCGUCAUACAGCUGAACAUGAACGCCAGCAUCUUCCUGGUCACUUGCCUCAGUAUCGACCGUUACCUCGCCAUCGUGCACCCCAUGAAGUCGCGGACGAGGCGCACACUGGUUCACGCCUGGGGGGUUUGCAUCAUGGUGUGGAUCUUGGCCAUUCUAGUCAGCCUGCCCCCAAUGUUCCUCCGCAAGGUCUUUUACUACGAGGAGUGGAAUAAAACCAUCUGUGCUUUCUCCUACCCAGAGAAGCACAAGACCCAGUGGAUAUUCAGCAUGGCUAUGCUGAAGACCCUUCUGGGGUUUCUAAUUCCCCUACUCAUUAUUUUGAUCUGUUACUCCCUAAUUCUCAAGAGCCUUGUGCAGGCAUACCGGUUUGAGCGAAGUAAGCCAGUGAGGAACGAGGCAUUCAAACUGAUCGUGGCUGUCGUGGUGUCGUUCAUUUUGUGCUGGCUUCCGUUCCAGAUUUUCACUUUCUUGGAUGUUCUCUCGCGGCUGAAAGUUAUCAAACAUUGCCACAUCACCGAAAUUGUUGACACUUCCAUCCCCUUCACCAUCUGUGUGGCCUACUUCAACAGCUGCCUGAACCCCAUCCUGUACGGCCUGGUGGGCCGCAGCUUCAGAGAAAAGUUCUUCCUCUUUCUGAAGUGUGUGCCUCCCAAGAUCAGAUCCCACCCCAGUCUAUCGACCAAAAUGAGCUCCUUAUCUUACCGCACCAUCGAAUCGCUGAGUGCGAUAGCUAAGAAGCCAGUCUCCUCGAGUGAGCUAGAGGUGCCCUCCCUCAGAGGGGUGUCCCCAAAUGUUCAGGCUUAGAAAUAUCCUGCGAACA